CUGAACUGUGGACAUUCAUCUGCCGAGAAGAGCUGUGCGACAAUUCUGGUACAGAUACGCAGCAGACACACCGCACCAGAUACGCAGCACUGUAAUGUGGAAACGGAGAGCAACCGGGCAGGAUAGUGAAAUACGGAAACUUUUGACGAAGGAAGUGAUUCGAAUUAAAACAGAGUCGGGUGAAGGUUGAAUUUGAGUGUAUGUGGACGACAUUUUACUGUGAAACUUGCUGAAUUCGUACUGACUGAAACAUCGGAAGGCACUUUUCAGAAUGGCAACCGUGGCCUCCAGCUGCACCAGUCUGACCUGGGACUACAUCACCUUCUUUGUGUUCGUGAUCGUGUCCACCUUGAUCCCACUGUGGGGUCGCUUCUUCGGACGUAAGGAAAAGACCAAAGCUGAGUAUGUCUUCGGAAUGGGAACCAUCUCCGUUGGCGCUAUGAUGCUGUCGAUUGCUCGUGGAACGCUGGGUGUACGAUCGUUGCUCGGCUAUCCGAGUGAACUGUUCUAUCGAGGAUCGGCCAUGUGGGAAACGCUGUACGGCAUGGUGACCGCCUAUCCGAUUGUGUGCUACGUAUUCAUUCCGGUGUACUUCAAUCUGGGGAUCACUUCGGUGUAUCAGUAUCUGGAUUUGAGAUUCAAUAGUCGCCUGGUUCGCUGUCUUGCUUCCGGAACCUACGUCGUCAGAGCGUUACUGAUCCUUGGUGUCACCCUGUAUACUCCAGCAGUUGCUUUGAAUACCGUCGUUGGAGUCCCGUACUGGGCAUCACUGCUCUUGAUCACGGUCACUACCAUUACCUUCAACCUUCUGGGUGGUCUCAAAGCUGCCAUAACAGCAGAUGUGAUCCAAGGAGUCACCAUGAUACUACUCAUGAUCGCCAUCGUCAUCCAGUCCAUGGUUAACGUGUGGAGCGUCGAGAAGAUUGUCACCGUUCCAGCUGAAGAAGGUCGCCUCACAUUCUUCGACUUCACCGGAGACCCAACUAUCCGAGUAGACACUACUUCAGCCUGGCUUGGACAGCUGUUCAUGUCGUUAAGUAUAUUCGGAUGUCAGCAGAGCUUCGUUCAGCGAUACCUCAGCAUGGGAUCAUUUCAAGAAAUUCAACGUACCAUCAUGACCAACGUUCCGAUCAUUAUCAUCCUUUUCACGUUGGUCUGGGUCGUCGGAAUGGGCAUCUUCUCGGUGUACGUCGACUGUGAUCCUCUAGCAGCUGGGUUUAUCAGCAAAAUCGACGAAAUUGCUGCCUUCUUUGUCCAGGAUAAGUUCUCGUAUCUUCCGGGAUUCUUGGGGUUGUUCAUGGGAUCCCUCUUGAACGGUGCGUUGACUUUGAACGUGUCCAAUAUUAAUGCAGCGGCCACCGUCACCUGGGAGGAUUUCUUGGCACCGCUGCCGUAUUUCAAGGACACCCGUGACAAAAAGCAGCUGCGCAUGAUCAGGGUCAUCGGAGCCGUGUACGGAGUGAUUGUCAUGGGGAUAGGCUUUGCCGUCGGUCUGCUAUCCGGGGUGAUCGAGAGCAGUAUGCUGAUGACCUCGGCCACUUCCGGUCCAUUGCUGGGAGUAUUUCUGCUGGCAAUGCUGGUUCCGGUUUGUAACUGGAAAGGUGCCGCAAGUGGAAUGAUCAUUUCACACAUCGUUACUCUUUGGAUCACGUUUGGAGGAUUGACAAUCGAUAACGAGACGCCAUUGCUUCCCACGUCUGUCGAAGGGUGCAACAACGAAACCUUUUCGAAUGGUAUUAUAAAACGGUCUGAAUCGUGGAUGGCAUCUUCCAUUGCUAUAACAGAUGACUUUGAUGACUUGCCUCUCAAUUCCACAAACAUUACUCGAGGAUUCCCGGAAAACCUGUACGCCAUAUCGUAUAUGUAUUACAGUUUGAUUGGCACGUUUAUCACAAUGCUGGUGGGCACGGUUGUCAGUUACGUAACCAGCGAUCGAGAAGCAGAUGCCUAUGAUCAACGUUUGCUGUACUCGGUGGUUUACAAACUGAGCCACGCGUGGCCUGGCGAGGAACGAUACUAUGUCAACAAUCCGAAAAUUAAAGCCAAAUCAGUGAAGAACCUCGAGGGGCAGUGUAACGGGGCAUUUGAUGAGAAGCCGAAGGGAAAGGUUUAA